AUGUCUUUUGGGAAGCCAGCGACAAGGCAUUUUGAUGAUCUUCUCUACAGGGGCCGAUCCACAUGGGGAGUGGUUGCCGUUGCCAACAGGUCUGAAAGCAUACCCCCGGGCCCAGCUUUCGGCGUCUUCGUUUUCCUAGAUGCCAGACGGGCAGGUCGCGGCGUUUCCUUCCUUUUAGGCGAGGCUCCGGAGAGGGACAUUCAUCACCUCUACCGAUACCUUGAGAUCAAAGCUCCACAGGGGUUUAUUCCGGUUAUAGAAGGGACGCAAUGCAGCGACAGCUCUGUUCCAGUUUCUGAAGGGGCUGUGCUUGUCUUCCGCAUUGUAAAGGCCACUACGCGCCUCCCACCGCAGAUAAACGCCCACCUAGGCGCCUCCAGUGAAGGAGACGGUGGCGGCCAGCCAAGCGACGGACCAGCUGAACGUGAUGGGGCAUAUAGUCGGAGAGAGACAUCAGACACCGACCCUGACGCCUCUGAAGGCGAGGAUACAGGCUCAUGUCACAGCGAGGAUAGCUCGCGCAGAGGACCUCGCGAAGAAGGAAUGCCCGAGCUAUGGUUUGCCCUUUUUGCGCCAAGCUGCGCUGCAGAAACAAUUUCCAUAAAAGUUGGCUUGCCUACCACCAUUGAGGAGAUCGAGGGUAGGCUGCGAGCUGUCCGAAGUGAUUUUCUCAGCGAUUAUUUCGGACGGAUGAUUGUUGUGCGGGCACAGCCAUGUGCCGGCGUCGGGGCCCUCCUCUGCAUCCCUCCUUGGCCCUUCCCCAAGAUUUGCGUGCUUAUAGACUGCAGAAGUAUAGACGGCCGACUAUUCGCACACCUUGCAGACCCGUGGACCCAGUGGAGCUCCUUCCUCGCGCAGAUAGGCAUAUUCUGGGAGGAUGCGCGAGUGGCUCGCAAUGGUGUCCAGCUCAUACCAUUCCGGCCAGUCCAGUUGGCUACAGGGGAUUUAGUCACCGUCACAAUCGAACCAGAAAGGGCCCAGGAGGUCUACGACCUGGCAGUCAUGCUCCAGGACAGAGAUGCGUGGGAUGUCGGGGCAUUAGAUCUGCACAGUGGAGCCUGCUCACACUUUUGGGUCCUGACUGAUGGAGGCUGCAGGGGGAUUACGAUUGACUACCGCCAAGUUGAAUGCGAGCUGGAUUUUGCUGCCUUUGUGUCCAACAUCCUUGGUUACCAUCCUUGGAAGGUUGUAGUCAAAUCCUCUAGCCCAAGAAUCCUCAACGGGUGCCGCCUAGGACAUGACUGUAAGGCAGUAGUCAUAGCUACGGAACAACUCCCAUCUGUUCCGAUACCCCCCGGCAAGAUCAUCAAGAAACCAGUCACAGUGUUCCUUGAUUUACGCCCAAUCCUGCGAGGGUUUGCUUGGAGGGUAUACGACAAGGGCGAAUUUGAACUGGAGCCCUUUGAGCGGGAGUUCCUUUCAGAGCUCCCCGAAGAAGGGGACAUUUAUGUACACGGGGGUGUUGAAGACGAAAGGGAUCAUGCCAAAUUCAUACUCUUCCAAGAUAGAGAUGUCCUGGUAGUUGAGUAUGCUUCCCGACCCAGGGCGAUCCCCCUGGGAGCGUCCGGAGACAGCUCCGAUGGCGACGAUAGAGGAGCCACCGCCUUUCUCUGCGAUGAGAGCAUCGUAGAAACUGUGCACCCCGGAACGGGAGCCACCGAAGGCGAGUUCUGCCAAGGACAUGAGGGGCAGGGUCCCAGACAAGCCAAAUUCCUGGGUGAUCAUCCGGAUGACAGGCUCUCUGAGGCCCAAGGAAGGGAUGUGAGACUCUCUUUUAUCAUCCUUGUUCCUGACUAUGUUCCGGAGCGUAUUGCCUGCACCCUGUGCCUGCCUGCCACCCCGGCCGAAGCAGAGGAGGCCAUUCAGGAUGGGCGCAAUAACUUCAUGAUAACGCGUCACCCAUUCCUGCAAAUGGUCAGACCGCAAACUGUCACUGGCCACGGUGUAUAUGUUGCUGGCGCCCGAUGGAACCCACUAAGCAAUAUCGUGUGCAUCAAUACUGCGCAAAUUGACGGCGGGAUUUUUGCGAUCGGUGCACCGAUCUAUGCCAAUCGGCCGCACCUCUUGCGUCUCGCAGACUUGCUCGAGGUCUUUGGGAUUUCAGUGUACGUUGGCGAUGACGAUGCCCCUCUUCAGGAUGGGGUUGAUGCGCACCUCUCGGAGGGCAUGCAGAUAUACUUCUGCUUUGCGGAGGACCCAGCCCCGCCAGGGUGGUACUUGCCAGAGACCCUGCGCGUGCCAGAAUUCUGGUCUGCCGGCGGACACUUCCCGAUGCCACGCGUUGACAGGGCAUACUGUCUGGCGGUUGAAAGCUAUUGUAGGCUGCAUGUCGAGGCCCUGCGACAAGAGGCACCCCGAGGAUGGGACGUCUACCUUACUCAAGACGGUGACGUCGGUGAGCUGGACGCCGUCCAGAGUCGAGGCCCUGGUUUCGGCGGCGGUACUGGAUCAGCCCCCGUCUCUUCCGGAAGCACCGAAGGAGACCGCGAUCCCGAAGACGAUACCAGGGCCAGUGUCCGUGGAGAGGACAGUACCGAAGCAGAUGCAAGGACAGCCGGGGUCCCUGCAACUUUUGCCUUGCUCACACCAGACAUGCUGCCCGAAAUCUGUGAGGCUCACCUUGCCUUUCCAUCCACUAUCCGGGUUGCCCUUGCAAGCGUGUCGGCCGCACGAGACGAGGCUAGAUGGAUUCACCAUCCUUGCCUUGUCCCUGUGGAGCCCCAGCCCGACCAAGGUCUUGCCUAUCUUAUCGCCAGACCAUCUUGGGUCGUGGACGGUGUCUUUAUCGUCAUUGAUUCUAGGGAUGUGAAUCAAAAGCUCUUCUCGAUUAACACUUCAAGGGUCUUGUCUCGGGAGGCUUUGCUGGUUCUAGCUGGGUUAGAGGAGAGAGCUUUUCUCCAGGUGUUUGUCAAGGACGUUCCCUGGCCAUUGGCAGAUAAUCAGCCCUAUCACCCGGAGGAAGGGGACCUGGUUGUGAUCUGUCAGCCGGACCAAAGGCCACAUGUUUUGGUGUCCCUGGCCGAUAAGCUCCUGGACUCGGAAGAGUGGGCCGCACCUAGGACGGACCACCUUCGCUGUGGUGGAGACGCGAGGGUCUAUAGCGACGACGGCAACGUCUUUCUUAGAGGCGAAGGAAAUAAUGCUGGGAUCACCGAAGCCAGGAUACGUGCCGCCCUCGCUGUCCAUGAUGCUGCCAUGGCCUUUCAGAGCGCUUCCCCGGCCAUAUGGGACUACUCCUAUAGAGGCCAAUCUGCAGCUGUAUUGUUGGUUGCUUCCCUCCGCGACAGGUGGCCUCCAGGGCACCUAGAGACAGGGCAGAUAUACUUCAUCGACAAUAGGGCACUGCUGUUAGGUAUAUGGUGGGGGGUUGCCAAAGAUGGUCUUGUCGAUACCUAUGAGCUGCUAGGACGCCUCUGGCACAGGUGUCCUACAGGACAUACACUGGCGGUCCAAGGUGGCAUUUCGCUGCCACCGCCUUACGAGCAUUUCCGGCAAGCCCGAGCCGGCGAGAGGUUCGUUGUAGAGGCCCUCAGGCAAGAUGUGCCACCCCCCUGGGCUGCUCAACAUCUUGGCGGCGAAGCUGUCUCUGCUGCCGAGCCUCCACAUGCACCUGCGCACGGGACUAGUGCAGGACGAGGUGCUAUGCCAGCUGCUCCUGCCAGGGGUGCCAGUCCUAUGGACACUGGGGGAAACCGCAGCAGGCACACAGGGUAUGCUGAAGGUGGAUUAGAUGCCCCCAGAGAUAAUCCUGGCGACGAAUUUCCCAGCGGUAGUUUCGAGGGCCUCGGGAUUACGGGUCGAGUAGCCAAGUGGCGUUGUGAUCUCAAUACAAGUUGCCUUGCAGAUGGCGGUCACAAUUCCACCCCUGUCCUCCCCGUUUCCCUGGAACACUCCAGCUGCCGCAAGAAGGAGACCGAGAGCACCCUAGGCUGCCGUGAGGAAGUUAGCUUCCGGGGAGAGAACUCUGAGUGUCUCUAUACCCUCCUGGAAGAAAGCCUGCAGCGGGACGACUCGCAAGCCUUUUUCUUGGCAAGCACCUGGGUAGAGGUCCUUGUAGAACACUUUGAGGCCAGCCGCGUAAUAGGUACCGACGGACCUGUCCAGCUCUCCCUUGCUUCACGCAUAGCCGCCCCCACUGCAACGAAAAGAUGCAGGCGGUCCUGUGCCCCCACACCACAGGCACUGCCCCAUGAGUACCCCUUGCCUAUCGAGCCAGGGGAGCCUUGGCCUGAGCAUAAUCAGGUGUGUGCCCAACCGGCUUUUGGUGGGAUGACUUUGCCUUUCACCAUUGCCGAUUUCCAGCAAACGCUCCGUCAUGCUCCCGCUGUACAUGAUUGGGCACAGACUGGGCACAAUGGGGAUGAUAGUGUUCACCUUGACCUUGAUGCUUUCAAGUCCGUGUGCAUUGCGAGACGAUGUCUCGGCAAGGAACGUAGGGUUCUGUGUUACACCGAUGGCUCGUUUUACCCUGCAGCACCGGGAAAGGAUGCCCAAGCAGGAUGGGCCUGUGUCUUCAUCGAGCCGAAUCGCGGCAGCUUCGGCAGCUGUUAUGGUGCCGUGCCUGCAUGGCUGCUAGCAGAUGGGGAUACCCUUUCUGCCUACCAAGCAGAAUGUACCGCCCUAGCCUUUGCAGGCCUGAGCGCGACCGCCUAUUUUCGCGGAGUUCAGGUAACUUUCGUGUCAGACUGCCAAGCAGCGCUUGGGGUAGCCCAGGGUACAUGCCGAUAUGAGGUAGGUGGCUGCCCACAAACCCUGCGCAAUGUAAUUGAACUGCGUAGACAGGUUGCCGCAAACCCGGCGGCCCAUGACGAAUUUGAGUAUGUCCCGGGGCAUAGUGGCGACUUUGCUAACGAGAUAGCCGACAAGUUGUCCAAGAAAGGCGCCCGCAACGGGGAUACCAUCUUUGGGGAUCAGUACCUACGACUGUGGCUUGCAAGGGGCGGGACAUGGUUACCCUGGGUCGCCAUUGUCCUUGCGGCGCAGGCCGGGCGUCCCGACUUGCCGCCCACCGAUGGUACUGAUCUAGGAGGGGACUGGUACCACGCCGGGCUCUCGCCGCAUCAAAUCAUUGAGCCUUUUGUCCCGCUCGGUGCGGCGGAACCUAGGCAAGACCACGUGAUUGUAGCCGGUGACUGCAACUGUGCCAUAGGUUUCUGCAUGCAGUUGAGUGCUGGGUUCCUUCUUCUUUCGAGCACCACCACUCCGGGCCUUCUGCCACGUAUGUGCAAAAGCGCAACGGCCAUGAGUGUUAAUGCCGGUCAUGCCACGGUCGACCAUGUAGCUGUCACCGUUUUAUGUCAGGCCAGCAUGGCCUUCCCAAAGCAGGGCCUAGGCAAUGCGCACAGCCCUCAGGAAUGCCCCAGUGGUCCCGUGGGGACCGAGCGGCCUACAUCAGUAGGCUUGCUGAUAAACUGGCUUCUUGCCCCCAUGCCGAGGCUGACGGACAGGUAUGUGAAGAUGCGGAAGCGGCACGUGGCAGGUGGCGCCAACAUUUCGGAGGCCUCGAGGCAGGACGCGAAGACGCUGCUCCACCGCGUUCUGGCUGCUGGUAAGAGCCACAAAGCUGCAGGGCCCGACGGUAUCCCAGCCGAGCUGGGGAAGUGCUUCCCUUCAGAGGAGCUGAAGCAGUGGGGCAUAAGGUUGAGGGAGCAUACCGCUGCCCAGACGGCUUUUCAGAGGGCCGGAUCAGAUGCGUGGACAGAAGCUGUAUCGUACAGUAUCACCCGCGGAACUUUCUUCCUCAUCCGUGGCGACCAUGUCGCGGUCGCUACCGAUAGAGGAACACGUCCGGGCUCUAGCUGGGCAGACAUUUUGUUUGCCACCGUCAUGCAAAGGGUGCUCGACAGGCGUAACCAAUUGCGCAAUGAGCUGCACCACCAUACCACGGCUCCGCGCCUCCCGUGGGAUGGAUGCCGCACGCUUGCACCCUGCCCAGAGGGUGAGCGUCGCAUCGAGGUAGAGGACGUAGUCUGGGCCGAUGACUUAGCCUCUAUGAGGCUUUGCGAACACCCUACUUCGGCCGAUGCAGACAUUGCUCUGGAGACAGGGUGUCUAGUCGACGCCUUUAAAGAGCAUGGGUUUUCCCUGACUUUCGGGGAACGAAAGACAGCGAUCUUGGCUACACCGGCCGGGCCUGGUUCGCGCCGGCUUAAGCAGCGCCUUUUUGGGGGGCGUAAAGAGGCAGGUAAGCUCCGUGUUCUUCUAGAGGGAUCCGGAGCUGCCCUUGUUCCGCUUGUAGCCACCUACCGGCAUUUAGGCUCAAUGCAGUCGCCCCGAGGGGGGCUGAAGGCAGAAAUAGCCUAUCGUGCGGGGCAGGCGUAUGCGGCCUUCGCGGAAGGGCGGCGUAAAGUGUAUCGGUGCAAAAAGAUCUCCAUCGCCCGCAAGGCAUUUAUCUUGCAAGCAUCGGUGCUGCCCAAGCUCUUAUAUGGCAGUGGUUCGUGGCCCCCACUCUCGGCCGGAGAGUACAAAUCAUUUGCAGGGUGUUUGUGGCGCCUUUACCGACCGCUACUCGGCCUUGGUAGGGAGGCAGAGCAAGAUGUGUCUUUCCAUAUGUGCCUUGCCCUUGUGGGCCUGCCCAGCCCUGCCAAUACCUUACGCCGACACCGACUGCUCUACCUUGCGCAAGCCUUGAGAUGCGCACCAGAUGCGUUGUGGGCACUGAUUAGGGCGGACCGGCCGUAUGCUGAUGUGCUUAGUGAGGCCCUGCGAUGGUUAUACUCUCAUGUUGGGGAACAAGCCGGGCUACCAGAGCCAUCACAGGAUUGGAAUGCAUGGGCAGAUGUCAUGAAGCAGUGCCCGGGACGUUUCAAAGGUCUUGUCAAACGGGCGACUGCCCUGGAGCAGGCGCGUCAUACCGCGGUUGCUGCCUUGGACGGCUUGCACCGCGGUCUUUCAACUGCUGCGCCUGUAGCGGGUAGCGCUCGCCUGGACCAGUGCACCGACGCCUGCCUACCAUGCAAACGGGCAUUCCAGUCCAGGGUCAGCUGGUCUGGCCAUGCUGCCAGAAUGCACGGAUACCGGUCGCAGGACUUCUGCACCCCUUUGCUGGAGGCAUUGUUGGCACUUCACGACCCUGAUGUAGACUUAUGGGAGUGCGUUGCCGAUCAUAUCGCACCCCUGGCCACUAUCCGGCGCACGGUAGAUGAGUGGCCAAGGCAGGAGUCCGCGCAAACAUGGGCUAGGAGCAGCGCCGAUGAUUUGCUCUUGCUCCUAGAUCCGACCGUGUUUUGUGACAACAUCCAACCACUACCGCCGAAGCGAGAGUGCCCUGCUGACACUCUGCCAGCCUGGCCUCAAGUGUCACCCCGAGCUUUUGUGUCGUCUGGGGAGCCUGCAUAUUUUCAGAUACCCCAGCCUCCCUCGUCUCAGCUCUCUCUCAGCCAACCCGGGGGUAUCACCGCCUCUGGCGCCUCCUCUUUCGCCUGUUGGAUUGAGGGGGCUUGUCGAGUGAUUGCGGAGGCAAUCGCGAUCUCCUCACAGCGGCCCUUUGUCAUUACCUGCCCCGACAUUCGGAACGUGCUGGGGAUCGAUGACCAGUGGCAGCGCCUCCAUACAAGCAACAACAUCCGAUUGGCGCCGGCUAACAAGGCGGAGCUGUCACAGCGGUUGGCCCAGAGUAGCGAAUGGGCUAAACGGAUCCUGCUGCUCUUUGAAAUCAACCCGGUCUGCAGCAUGUGUCUGCAGGUCGGGAAGCCGCAAGAUGGACGGACGGACAUGCCCGGCCAUAUCAGGUCCUUGCCACUUGAUUUGCUGCCAGUCUGCGUACACUCGAACCGCAAGUGGGACCGACCUCGCCUAGGCCCAGCACAGCCCACAGACCUGCACAUCCUGCACAUGGCACUGCCGGCUUGUAAGCUUUACGGGUCGGAUGGUUCGCCCUACAGCUGCAAAGUGAGAGCAGCCCUGCGCUUCCUUCGCAUCGCCUACGAGUGGAUACCUGUCUUCCAAGCGGCGGUAGCGCACUCGGGCGAGCUAUUUUCCAAGCAUUUCCCGGACAUCAAGACCAAAGUGAUCCCAGUGUUGGUGAGGUAUGCCAACGACUCUACACCACUCCUGCUUGAACUCCAAGCUCAGCACGGCAGCACCCGGCGGAGCCUCUUCCCUACUUCCGCUGGGGCACGCUUCCUCUGCGCACUCCUAGAAGACUUCGCCGAUGAGUGGCUGACAAAGGUCAUGUUCGAGGGAAGAUUCCACACGCCCGAGGACGCGAAAUUUGGCGCGGCCUGGCAAGUGCUCCAGAACCCUCUCCAAUCCAAAAACACUGACGAAGCUUUGCAAGCAAUUGACAUGUUUGCCGCCCGGCAGCGCGAGCGGCGGGCAUUGGUCGGGUGCUCCGACUGGACUUGUAUGGAGAAGACUUUGCGAGGCGUCUGCAGAGCCCUCGAGGCCAACCUGCGACGAGGCAUGGCCUUCAUCUUCGGGAGUCGUCCCACUGCGGCCGACUUCGCCAUCUACGGCCAGCUGCGCCAGCUGGCGACAGACCCGCUCCCUUCGAGGAUUGUGAUGGAGUACCCCAGUGUAUGGGCCUGGGUUUUCCGAGUGGAAGACCUUUCUGGGUAUCCGGAUGAAACAGAGCCGAGCCCGGGCACUCCCACUGCUCAUCCAGGCAUGCUGGACUUAUUGAAGCUUUGCGGCUUGUGCUACAUACCUCUACUCCUCGACAACGAGAGGGCAAUCAGUGAGGGACGCCGCGAGAUCCGCGUCCAUAUCUUCGAAGGUGCGCAUCUGCAUUGCCAGCCAACCUUCAAGUACCAGCUCAAGUGUCUCCAGACCCUUCGGAAGCAGUAUGGCGAGCUACCUUGGGCUGAGAAGGCAGAAGUAGACGCAACGCUGUUCAAUGCCGGUAGCUUGGCUGCGUCCACCGGUGGGCAGCACUUCAAUGUGAUAUGGAAAAGGCUCGAGGAGCUGCAGAAUCAGGGCAAGCAGGACAUCGCGCAGGACUUCUGGCAGUCCUGGGAGUUGAUUCUCGGCACGCUGGCCUUGAACCACCUCACCGGUGAUCUCAUCGCCAAGCGCCGCCCCUUCGAGCCAGCUCUUCUGGUCCACCGGCCCGAGGAACUGCCAGAAGCAGAAAAGUGGUUCAAGGUUUGUUCUCCGGCGGGUUCACGGUUCCAGCCGGAGAAGGACCCACAGAACUGGCAAGAUGCCUGGACCUCCGUCUGCGCGGGGCAUCGAUACUGGCGAGACUCGAUGGCGAGGCCCGCCGCAAGGCUGGCGGACAUCCUCGGGAUGAAUGGCCUUGCUGACCAUCCCUGCGGCAUUUGUGGCCAGCAGCUCUACGAGCAAGCGGUUCGAGGGCCGGCUCACUACAAGGCGCUCUACGGCAUAUACAACCUGCCUGCAGAUCGCGCGCGGAGGAUGCAGCUGUGGCGCCUGCCGGGGGGGCAGAUCAUGUUCGACCACCUCAGUGGAGAGAUCCGGAUGAAGCGCUCCGCUGGUGCGACGCCUGCGACGCUGGGCUUCUCUGCGCCGAGAGAGGCGCCAGCGCCCAUGCCACUCAGUUCCGGGCAACCUUUCUAUCCUCCCUUCCAAGCACCAGGCCCACAGCAACCCUCCCCCUUCCAGCCACCACCAGAGCCUCCACAGCAGGCAGCAGCAGCGGCCCCCUUCCAACAACCAGCUCACCAGUCACAACCACAACAAACCUCCCCAUUCCACAUGCCACCACAACCAUCACAGCAAACGCCAGCAGCGCCCCUCUUCCAACAACCAACAUACCAGUCAUACCAGUCACAAGCACAACCACAGCAAACCUCGCCCUUCCACAUGCCACCACAACAACCAUCACAGCAAACGCCAGCAGCACCUCCAUUCCAACAAUCACCAGAAGCUACCACCUUCCAACCACCAACACAAACACAACCACCACAGCAACCCUCCCCCUUCCACACGCCACUACAACAGCCAGCAGAAGCCAACUUCCAACAAGCACCACACCUGCGGCAGCAAGCGGAAGCAUGCACCGACCCCUUCCAACCACCACAGCAAACUUCACCAUUCGAUGCGCCACCACCACAGCCGCGGCAGCAAGCGGAAGCAUGCGCCGACCCCUUCCAACCACCACAGCAAACCUCACCAUUCGACGCGCCACCACAACAGCCGCGGCAGCAAGCGGAAGCAUGCGCCGACCCGUUCCAACCACCACAGCAAUCCUCCCCAUUCCAUGCGCCACCACAACAAGCACCACACCCGCGGCAGCAAGCGGAAGCAUGCGCCGACCCCUUCCAAACACCAGCACAAUGUCAGCAAACCUCCCCCUUCCAAACGCCACCACAGCAAGCAGAGGCCUACCCGCCCGCCCCCGAGCGCGAAGCACAACAAGAGCCCCCAAAGCCAGCGGCACCGGACUGCCAGCCAUGGGCACCUCUGAAGGUGGACCCUGUGCCGGCAGAAGCACCAACCUUGCUGGGCCCCGAAAAGCCCAAGCACAUGCCGCUUGGGGUUCCGCUGCCGAUGGAGCCGCAGCCAUCAUCUCUGAUGCAGGCCCGGAAGCCGCAAGGGUUUACAUUUGUGCUUUCGAUUCAGCGGAUGGUCAGGGAAUGUAGGUGCUUUCGGGCUAGGAGUCAGGAUGCACAGUUCCUUUAA